AUGCGGCCUCGCAUAUCGAGAUGCAUCCCUCCUUGGGAGGUGCACAGCCGCCAGGCGUAUCAGCGCAGGAAGUCACUAGCUGCCAGAGCAUGCCAGCCUCGAGAAGCUCUACACGUAUUCUUCAAGCGGUGUACGAAGGCAAUUGCUGAUCACCGAUUCGGGGUCCAUGCAACACGACUUCUGACAGAUGUUGUGCACAAGCAAGAGUUGCCAAGCGAAGAGAAUAUAGGGAACGCUGAGGUAGUGCAUUCGGCAUCGGCGGCCACAUCCCAGCAGCCUGAAGAAGUUGUUCCAUCGGAUACGCCGGCAGCAGAAGAUGCGACUUCGCUGGUUGAUACAACUCCGUUACUAGAGGAUGUCAAUGUUCGUUUGCAGUACCUGGGAUAUGUCGGCCUAAGCCGGCGUGACAAGCGCAUGCUUAUCGACUUCGUGAACCGGAUCGCCCCGUGCAUUACUACUUCAGGCCAUGCGCUGAAGUUUCUGAACUCUAUGUCAUGUGUUGUGAAUGUACGGUGUCUGCCUUCGAGUUCGGUCACUGGCGCCAACAUCAAGUUGGCGUGCCGUGAGGCCUUCGAGUCACUCUUUCGCCGCCUGGACCGCAGCGCCGAUGCGUACCACGUAGUGGCAUCCUAUUUGAAGCUCUGCGCAUUUUACGGCGACGAUAUGUCUAACUUCUCUCCUGUGUAUCAUGAUAUGGUAGAGGCGGUAGUAUCGGGGGAUGUGUUUGUGACUGAGCGCCAAUUGGAUGACCUGCUCUUUGUGUAUCAGCGCCUUGCCAUAUGCGAUCGCCGCUUCAUGAAGUACCAUUCGGAUCGUAUUUCGCGCCACUUCGAGUGUUUCAGUGAUGAUCAAGUGUGCAACUUCGCACGGUACCUGGUCAAGAGCGUUCACGCUCGUGCUCGACCGCUGGACAUAGGCGCUACGGCGGACUACUCGCGAGAAUUCGACGCUUCGGAUACUAUGGCCCUUCUGGAUGGGUUCGAUGUGGCUUCGAGUUCAUAUGCACGCUGUCUGGAGUCACAACUGCCCGUUUGUCUGCACCAAUACAGCUACUACAACUUGGUUGACCUCGGCGAGUUUUACAGCCUCUUCAACAUUCAGAGCUCCGUUCGCGUGCGGUUUUCAACCGAGCUGUGGAAAUAUCUGUACACGCUGCGUUAUGGCUACCCUAUCAAGGCGCUUGUGAUUUUAAGCAAGUUGGGGCUUGGCGACAGCGCCACGUACGGCCGCUUGAUACGCAACAUACCCAUGACCCUUGCGUUCAGGUGGCCAUUGAAUCUCGUAUCCGAGUGUUUGAUAUCGCUCGAGUGGGCAAAGAGUAGCAAGAUCUACGUUAUCCUUGCGCACUAUCUUUCGAAGAAUCUUUCUGCACAGUUCAACGCGCUCAAUGUUGCCCGGAUAUUCGAUUCGUUAUGCAAUAAGCGGGUAGCGUUGCUGGGCCUGUACCAGAAGGUGCUGCGCAUCCAGUCGCUGAACCCUGGGUGGCUGGGCUGCGAGGAGCUGUUGGCUGUGGCCAGGUAUGGAAAAGAAGUAGGAUUCUCGUUAGCCGGUAUAUCCGGUAUGCUUAAGGUCCAAGACUUAGAUGGCAUGGAUUAUCGGAAGGCCAUAACGCUGCUUUACGUAAUGGAAAACCCGGACGCAGCGUUGCUUAAGAGGUGCAUACAGGCCAUACAUAACAAGGACACCAGCCAGUGUUUGGAGUUCGAUUCACUGAUGCAGCUCCUCAAGGCGUGCUAUCGCCACAAGAUUUGGCUAUGCGCUUCGCCGCAGCUGGCAUUGGAGGCGCUGAGGGACGUCGAGACUGUAGAGGCGCCAGUGUUGCUAGAACUGCUCGAUCUUCUUUCUCUAGCCGGUCCUAUUGGGGAGCCCAAUCUAUUGGCGAGGCUAGAAGGGUAUGUCGAACACGUCAUCGCGGAUCUGCCGCUGCGCACGGCUGGAAGGAUGCUGUGGCUGUGCUUUUCGCUUGGUGUAUUGCCGGAUUCGGCGUGUUUCAUAUCUUUGCUACGCCGCUUCAACCAUUUGUACGAGCCUUCCUACAACGAGGACCACUUGUUACAGGUACUUGGCGAGGCUCUGAAGCGCCUGAAGUCACAGACCGUCGAAGUACGAACCUUUCUGCGUCAUUUGGAGGCUUUCAAGGACGUUUCCUGGCGACGCGAGCCUGCGGAAAUCGGGAAGAUUCGCGCGUUCCAGCGCAACGUCGGAUGCAAGGCGUUCGUCUCGGUCUUCCCUUUCACUGCUGACGUAGAGGUCGACGCAACCGCGCUUUCAGACUACGUCACCCGCAUUGGUGGCAGCAGCCUAUCCUUGGCGGAGCCAUGUCUGCAGUCCAGGAGUUCUUGGUGUGCUUCCUCCGACAUUGCGGGCACCGUAUUGCUGGACCUCUGCGGGGACCCUUACGUCACGGUAGUUGAGCGAGACGGCAACGAGAGGCAGGCGCUCCGCUUUUAUUACCAGUUACGAGGCAGCUUGGUCGGUAGACCCUUCGCCCACCUCCUGGAUUCCAGUGUUCACUAG